AUGCGCGUGGAAAUCUACCUUCCGGAAGCAGUGGUUAUGUUCACCUUGAUAACGGAAGUAUUCUACGACUUUCAGCUGGGCGCUCACGAACAUAUGCGCGCUCUUCCUUUCAACACCGCGCUCCUCGCCGGGCGACAGUACACACCGUUCGUUACCAUGGAUAUUUACUGGAGCUGGUGGGCGGUUGCAUCUGUCUCGGCUUUAGGUUGCGCGUCUGCGAUGUUCAUAUACGAAGGAACCGGUCAUGAGAUCCUGCUCGAGGGCGAAAAGGAUGAGGACCGCUUAUGA